AUGGAAGAGUUAAAUGACAACCCCCCAGGAAUGCCCAGCUCACCAUUUCCGGUACCUUACAAAGACCUCCCACUCAAGCUGCAGGCGAGCAGGCAUUUUUUGCAAUCUUGUUUCAUGUCCGCCUUUGGAGACAGACGCCAUGCCAAAAAUAGGGGGAGACAGCGCUACGGCCCGGUUACGCUAUACGAAAUCGAAACUCAGCUAUUGUUAUCACCAAUCGUCUUCAACGCCGUCAAGCUCUGUGAUCUUCUCGAUAUCAGCUUCUUUGCAGGGAACGUAUCCGGCGGCCAGAUUGGAGUACCAGUCAACACUGAGGACGACGUGGACGGCUUGGCCAAUAUCUUCAAUGAUGCUUGA